AUGUUUCAUCAUUGUGUCUCUUGUGUCUUUGUACAGUGUCCAAAACCAGUGAUUGUGGCUGUUCACGGUGGAUGUAUAGGAGGAGGAGUGGACUUGAUCACAGCAUGUGAUAUACGACUGUGUACGCAGGAUGCCUGGUUUCAGAUCAAGGAGGUUGACAUUGGUUUGGCAGCUGAUGUCGGGACUUUGCAACGUCUCCCCAAAGUGAUUGGAAGUCGGAGUCUAGUAAAUGAGUUGGCUUUCACUGCAAGGAAGAUGCAUGCUGAUGAAGCCAAGAGCUGUGGAUUGGUCAGUCGUGUGUUCCCAGAUAAAGAGGCUAUGAUGGCUGGAGCUCUGGAGAUGGCAGGAGAGAUCGCCAGCAAAAGUCCUGUAGGAGUGCAGGGAACCAAAGUCAACCUUCUUUACUCCAGAGACCACAGUGUUGCAGAAUCCCUGGACUACAUGAGCACCUGGAAUAUGAGCAUGCUCCAAACCCAAGAUCUACUGAAGUCAGCGCAGGCCGCGAUGGAGAAGAAAAGCCUCAAAGAAAUCAUUUUCUCCAAGCUCUGAGCGUCCACACACCCGACACCACCCGUCGAGUUUUACUGAAGCACACCUCGCGAUGGCGAGCGCCAAGUCCGUCUUCACAUUCAGUGAACUCUACGGGUUUGGUGUUGAGUCUUUCUAGGACUGGUUCAUUCAAAAUGAAAGUUUGAUUUAAUGUGCCUUAACGUCUGGAUAACUAACCAAAAAAAGGCUAACCAUGUUCAGUGCUGAAUGCACUCUAAAAUCGAAAUGUGUACAGGUACCUAAAAUGAAAUAAAAAAUGCUAAAAUGA